AUGAAAGAAGAAGAACAAACGCCUAAAAUCUACUGCAAGACAAGACAGAUUAAUCACUAUCACUCUGAGGUCUCGACAAGGUGAGACUGAUGUCAAAACAGGCGGUGAAGAGCCUUUUGUUCAUGUAGACUCAGGUGUCAUAAAGAGGGCACCGAAUAAUCUUUUUUUUUCUCUCUCUUUAUUUUGCAAACAGACAGAUGCCAGGAGAACAGUCUGCACCAUCUGAGAGAACAUGAUUCCCUGGAUGACAGCCAUGUCCCCUCAGGAACAAACAAGCAACUUGAGGAUUCUGAGGUGAGAACAGGACACAAUAAUUGGAGGUACCCUCUGGACAUCUCUGCUUUGUGGUGAAGCUUUGUUUGAAAAAGAUGUGAAGCACUAAUGAGGAUGUGAGGGCAACAUUUAUGGAGCUGCUAUUUAUCCUCUCUUAACUGUUUUUCAUGCUUCCUAUUUCAACCCAAUUAUAGUGUAGAGUUUAAUUAGGUUAAGUGAUGCUAACGAAAAAGGCAAAACCAAGACACUCAAGCUAGAAAAUCCUUUGAGAAACCCAAAUCAGCCUAUUGAUCCAAAACAAGGAGACCAGAAUAUUUAAUUUCCUAGUUAAACUCCAAUGUGUUAGGGCUUCCUGGUUGCACCAUAGGCCUUUAAAAAAAACGGAUGGAUGUCAAUCAUUUUAACAGACGGUACAUGGAUCAAGCUUGAAAUCGAGCUCUUACAAAAAUUAAGAUUACUAUAUUUUUCGGACUAUAAGUCACACUUUUUUCAUAGUUUGGCUGGGUUUGUGACUUAUACUCAGGUGCGACUUAUAUAUAUAUCAAAAUAUAUAAUUUCACAUAUAGUCUGAUGACAGUCAUGCAGAAGAUGAAGCCUUCAACUCCGGAGUUGUUCAGAAGUGACACAGAGGAUGAAGAAUUCGAUGGAUUUAGUUGUCUGAAUAACUGUUGAUAUGUUACAUUAACAUACCAGACACCUAAUGAGCUCAUUGUUCAUGCUUCAUGUAGCUGAAUAACCAUCAACAUGUUAUGUUGGCAUACCAUAAACCUAUUAAGCAUGUUGUUCUCUGUUCUACUGUUAUUAUUAUAACUUGCCUUUCAAGAUGAAAUGUCUGUUCUUGGUCUUGGAUUUUGUCAAAUAAAGAUCCCCCCAAAAAUGCAACUUAUACCAGUAUAUGUUUUUUCUUCUUCAUUAUGCAUUUUUUGGCCCAGUGCGACUGAUAGUCCGGAAAAUACGGUAUGUUAUUAUUGUUAGGUUUCAUCAUGCUGAUUUAUGUCCAUAUAUUUGCCUCCCUGUCGGGUUAAUUUAUUGGUUAUUUGAUUCAAAAAUUGGAUGAAAUGCCACGGAUAGCUCUGUCUAUAGCUGUGUGCGCUGAAUUAACAGAGUGGAAGAGAUACUGUGGAAGAGAAACUGUGGAAGAACACAAAGUUUGGUGCAAUUUAACAUCCAUAUACAUGAAUUUUUCACUUAAGACCCACACAGGAAUCUUGUGCACUCUUCCUGUGGGAUAUUUACAGUUUUAUCAGGAAGUUUAAUUUGUGUUUUGGUCAGCAGAAGAGGCAGGAUGCCAGAACCCUUGCUCCACCAGCUGAUCUCCACUGUGCAGACUCUGACUCCAAAUGUGCAAUAUUUCAGCAUAUGCCUCGGCACUUUGGCAUCAACGUGCACAGUGGGAAAAGGCGGCGACACAUCAUCCAUCUUAAUGUACAGUCAAGGGGCUGCACAAUGACUCGACUUUCACCCUCCCUGCCCAACAUAACAGGUGUUUGGACUGUCUGCUAUAAAUUAUGCCUUUCUCAGGUGUGCCAAACAACUGAUUAAUUGGUAAAGCCUUCUCAGUGGGCAUCAGUGGAGCCAAAUGAGAGAGCUCAAUCAAGUCUCAGUGGUUAGAGGAGUCCAUCAGCUCCUAGCCUUUGGUUUAAUAGAGACCUGAAGUAUAUCUAAGUUAACUACAGUAAACAUCAGGAUGCUCAAAAACUUCACAGAACCCUUAAGUCAGAGGAGAGAGUGAAAAUGCUUGAAGAAACCAUUUAGAGGUUUCUUUAAAGAUGUCUUUAUCUCGAAGCUGAUUCUACCGCUGCACUCUUUUUCAACAUUUAAUUAUUGAAUUGAUGUGUUUUUACAUUUACCGAUACAUAAUUAUGUCGUCUCCCAAAUCUAACAUAGAGGCAGAUGCUUACAAAGCCAUGCUGAUAUAAGUAUCAAUAACUCUUCCUGUGGAUAGGACAGCACAGUUGGUCCACAACAUGGCAUCUCUAGAUUUAGUGAUGCCCACGGUAACAGACUUCAUGGUCAUGGGAAAUUCAGUGCUCAUGUAUCUGGAUGUAAAAACAAUAAAAAUGAGGGUUGGUUGCACCUUUUGAAGUCGAUCUCAGGUAAUAAGGCUCGAAGUUUAAGGGAAAAGAACUGUUUGUGUUUUGAACAUCUGCAUUGCUCCUCUGCAUUCGCUUGUUGUAUCCUUUGGCAUGAAUCAAUACUGCUGAACAACUGAGUCAGCUGUAAGAAUAUAGAAAACCCUCCUCUUUAACUUUUAUCUUUAAGUGAUGGUUUGAAAUAUAAGCUAUGGUUAAAAGCAACAAAUCCAAGACGAAAGACAUUAUUUUCACUUGAAAGCUAGAAAGCGAAAACAGCCACUUACAAGACAAUACAAUUGUUUCACGAGGUGGGAGCAGUAGAGCUGUUUUCAACACUUAUCUCCCUUUGAAAAGUGGAUUUGUGUUUUGGGCACAGAGACUAAAGCUACAGCUGAUGUGAUCCCUUGCCGUGCAGCCCUAAAAUGUGGUCUUUCCCGAGAGCACAUCACCGACUAGGGAAUCAAAAACACUUUCCUGAAAUAAAACUUUAGCCAGGUUGGGACUAGUCACUUGAUCACAACAUUGAUGCAUCUCAGAUACAGAGACAGACAUUAAUGAUGUGCCUUUAGAUGCUAUAUAUAGUCUGUUUGCUUAAGUAGUAAUGAAGUCAAAUAAUUCAGAAUGUAAACAAACAAACCAGCGAAAAAUGUGCUCAGCUCUGUCAUGAUGCUGGGUCAGAGUGGGACUGGAGGCACUGGAUGUGUGUCGGAUUUUUACUGCACGAACAAGGCAACAUUUAUCCUGUUAUCCUUUCACUACUCCAUACUGUAUCAUACUUCUCAGCAUCUUUUUCCCCAUGUGCCUUUAUGUGAAUACCUCUUACAUCAGAGUGCAUUAUGCGUGGCUGAUAUUUAUCCACUCACUAGUGGAGGCUUUUUUUCCUCCUUUUUCCUGUCUGAAAACAUUAACGUAAAAUGCCUGGAUCUGACACCUCCUGAGAUGGUGGGUUUUUUGCCCGAAGAACUCCGAUAAUAGUGAGCCAGACUCAUUAGAACUGGAGGAAACGCAUUUGGGAAAAGAGUCAAGAUUAACUAUUUUAAUCAUAUAACCUGAUAAACAUUUCAAGUGGCUGUGCAGAGAAAAGCCUGAAUGAAAUAUACAGAGAUAGUAGUGUGCCCGAUGUCAAAGUUGCAAAUAAUGACAUGAAUCUUGACAUUCAUGACAUGCGUAUGUAGCCAUACUUGCAGUUGUUCAAAACAGUUUCUCUUUCUUUAUUACUUACAUUUUUAUUAUGUGUUGAAUUUUACAGUUAUGUUUUGUUGAAGUAUUAGAGCACUAUGAAGUCCAAGACAAAUUCCUCGCUGGGACAAUAAGGUCUGUCUUCAUGUUUACUUUAUGGCCUGAAGGAUUUGAGUGACCUGCGGUAUAUUUAUACAGUCUCUCCCCUUCACUUUCUACAUGUGCAACAGGAAUAGCACAGCACACAAACAAGCCUCGCAUUUUUAUGUGUUGAUCGGAUCAAAACAGGUGGAAAGGACAUAUCGUGACAACGGACUCUAAAAUAGCAGCACUCCACUGGACUGCAUAAACCACACAGCCUUCUGCUUCUUCUGUCAUGGUUGAGACUCGAGAAUCACCAGAUAUAUCUGACAGUAGUGUGAAGGACAGGAUGUCACUCUGACUUCACCAGGCGCAGCAGUGUGCCUGCUUUAAGAAAGAAUUCAUGAUCUCGAUUUAGCCCAAUGACUGCCUUUAGAGGCUAUGCAGAGCUCAAGUCUUUUCUUUUUUUUAAUAUUACCUGUAAUAUAUUUAUUUAUUAAUAAUCAUGUUAUUAACUUUAACAGGCCCUGUUUUUUAAAGAUUUAGGGCUUAAUAUUAUGAGGGGUGAGGGACAUAAUCUGAGUUGUCAGCUUGGACUGUAAAAAUGAUUACUAUCAUGACAGCUCCACAGAAGUGAAGUCAAACUUUUGGAGCUCCCUCUACUGGUUGGCUGCAGCCCAGGCCAUAUGCUCAUCUUCCAUUAUUACAGAUGGGACAUGGGUCAGUUUUUAAAAUUAACAAUGAUUUGAUUAUUAAAUAUAGCUUUUAAGUCAAAGACUGUGUUCAAUCUUCAUACAUGUCAUUAUCUUGAGUGCUCAUUACUCUGACUUGUGUCCAUAUAUUCAUUUUUUAUAAAAUGUUGGCUCUGAUUUGAUAUUCUAUUCAGAAAUCAGAGUGUAAAGCAAUAAUAGUUAGCCCUGUUGUCAAAUGUGGCUCCUGAGGUUCUGUGAACUCUUGAUUUGUAGUGUUCUGACUUGUAGGAGGAAAAGCUGGAGGGGUUUCACUAACUCAAGAGUCAAACAGCUUUUCACAUUCAGAGGUAACUGCCUGGAAACUACACAAAAUCUGCUCUGUAUAUUACAUGUAAUAGAAAGUUAAAUGUGCAAUAUAAUUAGGAUAAGGGGCAAGACAACAAUACCUACUGCCACUUCACAGAUUCUGGCUUCAAAUCAGCCAGAGUGAAGGACACAUCCUAGAGGAUAUUUGUCUUGAUUUUUGUCUCAGCAGGAGGCGAAGAUGCAUUUUCCAUCUUUAGAUAUUGUUAAAAACUGUCAUACGUAUUCUGUUUUUGUUUGUAGUAAGAGUUGUAUCAUACAGCAGUAUUUCAGUAGGCUCUGUUUGCACAUAACAAAACAAUGUACACAGAAAGCAAAAGAUGGGAAAGUGGAUAAAUCUGUUUUUCAAGCUCAAUGAACAGUCAACUGUAUAAAAGUUCAGUUCAAUAACCAGCUCUUAACCAUUCCCUUCUAUCUCCAGACGCAGUAUCUCUGCUCAUGUUUCUAGUCUGCCUGAAAGCAAUAACUUCCACAUGAAAAGACAAGUUUUGACCAGAGGUAUGUGACUUUUAACCACUUGUUACACUGGAACCAUCAGAAAGUUGGUGAUCUUUCCAGCAAUGAUAUCACCAUCAGAUAUUAGCUAACAAAUUCUGAGAUUUGUGUGUGAGCUAUACCGCUGUUUUUUGUGUGGUUGAGACAGGUCUUCAUCAUUUUAUAUAAGACUUUGAAGACUGGCUGAGUCAUCCCUGCAUGAUGAAAAGUUUACUCAGUCCUCUUUAAAUGGCGUGUAUUUACUGAGCAGCUGAUCAUACGCGUGCCGACACAUGCGUGGAAACGUUAACACAAAUGCCUAAUUGGCUUACAUCAUUCUGCACUAGAGUUCAAGCUAUGUAAUAGAGGGUGUAAAUUACAUUUGCUGCAUCACUCUGUUUGGGCUAAAUAUGGACACAUGAAUUAGCAAGGAGGAUGGAGGGGCUGUGUGGACAAUGAUAGGAAGUGAAAUGGUCCAAUUUUGCCUGUCAGGUGGACACACUUCCCUCACAUCACUCAUGGCAGUCAGUGAGGCUGAAAGACGCCAAUUAAUCUCCCUCAGCUAUUAUGGGGCCCGAUGGCACAGAAAAUGGAUGGGUUAGGCACAAUAAGACAGAGAAAGGAUAUGUAAUUUUCUGGGGAUCACUGUACGCUGACUGGAACCAGCUAUAAUUAAAACAGCAGUCAGCAAAAGUUUGACAAUUAUGCUGUAAUUUGUAAUGACAGUUAUUAAAUUAGCACUUUUCAUAGUAGUGCUUUCUAAUUAUAGCUGCGCUCUGCAUAAACCACCAGCUAAUUCAUUACAUUUAUCUCCAUUUAAGGGGUUUUAAAGUCCUCUGACAAAUUGCAAAGUGGUGUAUUAAGAGAGAAGUAUGCCAGCUCAUCAGAAAAUUAGUUAUGUCAGCUUUUGGACAAAUUCUGGUUUUAAAAGUUUUAUGGAGCAUUAAUGAGAUUUGCAGUAACAAUACUCCACAAUCGGUCUCCAAUGUACCAAUAAAACUCAGGAUGUUAGUUUUUGGUGUCAAAGUGAGUACAGACAUUUACCUCUGCAGUGUGAGCUGUGUGUGGACCUGUCCCGACAUGUAGCUUCAUUCAUAAAGCGUGCAUGUCUCAUCAGUGUUACACAUUCCUUAUGUGGGGUCUAGUUCUGUAUCAUUGUCUCUCUGUCCUGAGCAGAAUAGCAAAUGAACAUCUCUGCCUGCUGCUUUGACUCACUGAUUUCCCUCGACUGAGAUCGCUCCUAAUAACCGACUGUCUGCUUCUCGCAGCUCACCAGCCCCCCGUCAGAGAGUGAUGGCUCUGACGCAUCAACAACACGCCUGCUGCUGGAUGCUGAUUUUCUCCAACAGGUGGCCGUUUGCUCACAGCUAAAGCGAUAUCUGCGGAAAGGAAGAGCAGGAAUACUAACCAGCUGUGAAAUUUCAUUCAUCUCCAGUAAACAGCAGACUCCACAGCCUCCUCAUUUCUUGCUUAAGUUGUUGGAAUUUUAGGGUAAACAAGUUCAUUUUACAGACAGAGAUAAAAUCCUCCUUUCUCUGUUGGUUCCACAGCAAGUUGGAGAUUUCCUGACAACAAUAUGGUGCUGGAACCCAUUGGAAGAGUGAAGCAGAGAGAAAAGCAAUUGUUGAAAAUAAUGAGCCCAUCAGUAUUGCCCCCCUCAUCCAGCUGGCAAGUAACUCUGCCAACAUGCAACGUGUGUGUGUCUUUGUGUGUGUGA